AUGGCUCAUAUGUACGACAUUGUCGAUUCUGUUGACUAUCCAUACGUCAGCGGGUGGAGGAAAGGAGAUCAAACCAAGUAUCCCCAGACAGCAGUCUUCCAGACAUUUAAUGCUCCCUUCAGACUUGAGGGCGAUAUCCUUGACCUGGAGGUGGACGGCACCAUUCCACCAGAGAUCAAUGGCACCUUUUACCGGAUACAGCCAGAUCACAGAUUUCCACCAAUAUUCGAAGAAGACAUCCAUUUUAAUGGCGAUGGCAAUGUCACGGCUAUUCGGAUUGAAAAUGGCCAUGUCGAUUACAAACAGAGAUAUGCCAGAACAGACAGAUUCCUCGCCGAAACCGCGGCUAAGAAGAGCUUGUUCGGGAAGUAUCGUAAUCCAUACACGGACUCUGAGUCUGUCAAAGGAGUUAUUCGCACGGCUGCAAACACCAACAUUUUUUUCUGGAGAGGUAUGUUGUUAGCCACUAAAGAAGAUGGUCCACCGUAUGCUAUGGACCCAGUGACUUUGGAGACGAUUGGUCGAUAUGAUUUUGAAGGUCAAGUGCGAACGCCCACUUUUACUGCCCACCCAAAGUUCGAUCCUAAGACUGGCGAGAUGAUCUGUUUCGGAUAUGAAGCUGGUGGUGAUGGCAAUGAUGGCUCUUGCGAUAUUGUCGUUUAUACUAUCGACCUAGAUGGAACUAAGACAGAAGAGGCGUGGUAUAAAGCUCCAUUCUGCGGCAUGAUACAUGAUUGUGGCAUUUCAGAGAACUAUCUUAUUCUUCCCAUGACGCCUCUCAAGUGCUCAGCCGAUCGACUCAGGAAAGGCGGUAACCACUGGGCCUGGGAUCCAAAGGAAAGCCAGUGGUAUGGCAUUGUGCCAAGACGAGGCGGUAAGCCUGAAGAUAUCGUUUGGCUCCAGGCAGAGAACGCUUUUCACGGACACGUCGCUGGCUGCUACGAAAACGAGGAAGGCAAUAUAGUCUUCGACAUCACAGUCUCCGAUGGCAAUGUAUUCUUCUAUUUUCCGCCUGAAGGAGAGUCCGCCAGCAACCUCGCUACUAGAAACAGACUGACGAGCGUCACUCAUCGCUGGAUAUUUGACCCAAGCACCAAGACAGGCUCACAUGUGAAGCCCGAGAUUCUUUGGAACACCAGUGGGGAGUUCUCCCGCAUUGACGAUCGAUAUGUCACAAAGAAAUAUAACCACUUCUGGCAAGCCCGGAUUGAUCCCACGCGUGAAUACGACUAUGCCGUAUGUGGAUCCCCGGCUGGAGGGCUCUUCAAUGUCCUUGGUCACUACACGUGGGAGGGUCAGAUGGAAGAUGUUCUAUGGGCAGGACCACGCGCCACGUUCCAGGAACCCUCAUUUAUUCCAAAAGAUGGGGGUGGUGAAGGAGAAGGCUGGAUCAUUGGAUUUUUGAAUCGCCUUGACGUUCUUCGGAAUGAUAUUGUCAUUGUUGAUGCACAGAGUGUUUCUGCGGGACCGGUUGCAACUAUUCACCUUCCGUUUAAGCUUCGACUGGGGCUUCAUGGAAAUUUUGUGGAUCAUCGUGAUAUUGUGGCAUGGCAGAAGCGUCGGGUGGAUGGAGGUGAUGUCGGUCCGGUAAAACCAGCUGAAAAGCUACUUGAUUGGCAGCUGAAUCAUCAGUAUUCGGCUGGUUAUAGUUGA